AUGAUAAGGUUUGCAUCGAUGACGUUGUUCAUUGUCUGCAUCCUUACGGAAUUGUUCCUGUACUGCUACUAUGGCACUGAGCUCACGGUCGAGAGCGAGCGGCUGGCCAGCUCGGUGUACGCGAUGCGGUGGCUGUGCACGAGCGUGCGGUUCCGGCGCGCGCUGGUGCUGCUGAUGGAGCGCGCGCGCCGCCCGCUGCGCCCCGCCGCCGCGCGGGUCGUGCCGCUCUCGCUAGACACCUUCCUGAAGAUUCUUAAAUCCUCGUACACAUUUUAUGCUGUCCUUCGUCAAACAAAAUGA